CAGGAGGGACAGACUGACUCAAUGUGUGACAGCAAAACACACAGUGAAGCACUUCUCUGACCACCGACACUCUUCCAUCUGCUGGCUGUUCACGGAGGAGCAACCCUAGAAUGGCCAUGCUGCAUGGAAAUUGAGCUGCCAACUGAAGUCAGAGGCCAGCAUGUGUCAGUCAGAGGAGCCAGAAGCCAGACUGGGCCUGGGCAGCCCUGAUCCUCUGGUGAGAGAAGCUUUUCUAAUGGCUCAUGACUACAUAGACUAUGUUACCACAGGGGGGACAGACGGAACCAUGGGUCUUCCCCCUACAGCCUGCACUGCAGCGUUACGACAUGCCGGAGAUGAGAUCCUCACCCGCUUCCCCAUCUUCUUCAGGCGCUGGCCACGAGUAUUUCAGGAUGUGACAGAGCACACGGCCUGUCCUACGCUUUUGAGCAUCCUUGAUGAACACUUCUUUCCCCCUUCCCCCGGGGGACGCCGCAGGGACCUUGCCUGGAGUGCGGUGCUGUCAGUGUAUGUGCUGGCUGGACAGAUGGCUCUACAUUGCCAUGAGAGGGACAUGAUGAUGGUCCUGCCCCAGCUAAAAGAAUGUGUGGGAGCCUACGUAGAGAGGGUCAUCUGCCCUGAAAUACGAGACAAGGGAGGAUGGGGUGGUUUUGUGAGUCGCUUUGGACAGAAGCAGAACCUGGAGGGCCAGGUGAAGGUGGUGUGCUGCUGGACACUGCUGGCACUGGCCACAAGCAUUCUCAUCUACAUGUUUUGGAAGAGAAUGGCUUAGCUUGCACUGCCACCUAGUGAUCACACAUGAAUACUGCAUGGACUUGUCAGAAUGGAACCUUGCCUUUUGGGCUGCACCAAUAAACUGUUUUGAUAAUGAA